CGAUUUAUCAGUAGACACUUCAAAUGUAAUCGAAUUUAAUAGAUAAUAUUUAUUCGUAAUAUAAAUACGCGUUGCACAAGAUUCAGUGUUACUUCGGGCUACACAAUGUACGUGAAAGUAGCACUUCUGUUGGUAGCCCUCGUUGCGGGGAGCUGGGCCUUCCCAAAGCUCGAAGAUGAGCAGGACAUGUCCAUCUUCUUCACGCAGCUCGAUUCGAGCGCGCGUAUCGUGGGUGGUACCCAGGCCCCCAGCGGAAGUCACCCUCACAUGGUGGCGAUGACCACCGGUACCUUCAUCAGGAGCUUCAGCUGUGGAGGCUCAGUUGUCGGUAGACGUUCCGUUCUGACUGCGGCUCAUUGUAUCGCUGCUGUUUUCAGUUUCGGUUCCCUCGCCAGUACCCUCCGCUUGACGGUCGGCACCAACUUCUGGAACCAGGGAGGCACCAUGUACACCGUCGCUCGCAACAUAACCCACCCCCACUACGUCUCUGCGACCAUCAAGAACGACAUCGGUCUGUUCAUCACUCACAACAACAUCAUCGACACGACUGUCGUCCGCAGCAUCCCUCUUAACUUUGACUAUGUGCCCGGUGGUGUUCUCACUAGAGUCGCCGGAUGGGGCAGGAUCAGGACCGGCGGUGCCAUCUCUCCCUCUCUGCUGGAGAUCAUUGUGCCUACUAUCAGUGGAAGCGCAUGCGUAGCCAGUGCAAUCCAAGCUGGCAUCGAUCUGAACAUGAGACCACCUCCCGUCGAGCCUCACAUCGAGCUGUGCACCUUCCACGGUCCUAACGUAGGCACUUGUAAUGGUGACUCCGGCAGCGCUCUUGCCCGCCUAGACAACGGCCAGCAGAUCGGUGUGGUAUCGUGGGGCUUCCCGUGCGCACGCGGCGGUCCCGACAUGUUCGUCAGGGUCAGCGCCUACCAAUCCUGGCUGCAGCAGAGCAUCGUAUAAUCUCCGAACCGAACCUGAUCUUAACUGUAAAUAAAAUAAGCGAUACCAAAUCAAAGAA